UACAGAUCAGAUAAUCACAGCACCCUGCCCCGACCGACUCGUGAACAAGCUGCAUACCGUCUGAUAAAAAACAGCAGAGGGUUGUAUGUCUAGACAUUACCAGUUUUAAUCAAAGUAGUUAGUUAAUGAUAAUUAUUCAAGAGAACAACAGUUCUCUCUGCAUCUGUCUGACGCCAGAGUAAAAGCAAAUAUGGCGUCUCGGAAGAAGAUUCUACUCAAGGUGAUAAUUCUUGGAGACUCAGGAGUUGGGAAGACCUCUCUCAUGAACCAAUAUGUGAAUAAGAAGUUCAGCAAUCAGUAUAAGGCCACAAUCGGUGCUGACUUUCUUACCAAAGAGGUGAUGGUGGAUGACAGGCUUGUGACAAUGCAGAUCUGGGACACUGCAGGGCAGGAGAGAUUCCAGUCAUUGGGCGUUGCUUUCUAUCGAGGUGCAGACUGUUGUGUCCUUGUGUACGAUGUUACUGCGCCAAACACCUUCAAGACUCUUGACAGCUGGCGAGACGAGUUCCUGAUUCAAGCCAGCCCCCGUGACCCAGAGAACUUCCCAUUUGUUGUGCUCGGCAACAAGAUUGACUUGGAGAACAGGCAGGUGACGACCAAGCGAGCCCAGGCGUGGUGUACGAGUAAGGGCAGUAUCCCAUAUUUCGAGACAAGUGCGAAGGAGGCCAUCAAUGUUGAUCAAGCCUUUCAAACUAUUUGCCGAAAUGCUCUGAAACAGGAGUCAGAAGUGGAGACUUAUGACUUCCCAGAUCAGAUCAAACUGAGGGAUGACAGACCAGCCUCCUCUAGUGAUGGCUGCAGCUGCUGAGGAAGGGAGGAAACAUGACAGAUACACAUUGAUGUUUGAUUGAAGGGGGAUUACAAUAAUGUACAUUCCUACCAUUUUAUGUCUUCACAUAUGCAAGAUCUCAGACGAAAAAUGCUAACCCCCCCGUUUUUCUCUUUGAAGUUCAUGUGGCAGGAACUGAAACAUCAGUUACAUCAAUAUUUUCACCAAGACAACUGGCUUUGUAUUUGUCAAACAUUUUGUUUUUGAUACUCAUCAGUCUUGCAAUAAUGUAUGUUAUGUCUGGGAGACAUCCGAUGCAUUCUCCCUUAUCAA